ACCUCCGCCUGUGCGCGCCGCCACCUCCCUGCCCCGCCCCCGGCUCCUCCUUGGCGGCGCGCGUUGCCUGCCCUCGGCACCAGUCGUUGACAGCCGCGGCGCUGCGAGCUGCUUCUCCUCUGCUCGCGACCGAGGCAGGUCAGUCACAAUGGCGAGACUUGGCUGCUGGAUGCUGGUUCUCUUUGUGGCCACAUGGAGUGACAUUGGCCUCUGUAAGAAGCGACCGAAGCCUGGAGGCUGGAACACUGGGGGGAGCCGAUACCCGGGGCAGGGCAGCCCUGGAGGCAACCGCUACCCACCCCAGGGUGGUGGUGGCUGGGGCCAGCCUCACGGUGGCAGCUGGGGGCAGCCCCACGGUGGCAGCUGGGGGCAGCCCCAUGGUGGCAGCUGGGGACAGCCCCACGGUGGUAGCUGGGGACAGCAGCCUCAUGGUGGUGGUAGCUGGGGUCAAGGAGGCCACUGGAACAAGCCCAGUAAGCCCAAGACCAACAUGAAGCACGUGGCAGGUGCGGCCGCAGCUGGGGCAGUGGUAGGUGGCCUUGGUGGCUACAUGCUGGGGAGCGCCAUGAGCAGGCCCCUCAUCCACUUUGGCAAUGACUAUGAGGACCGUUACUAUCGUGAAAACAUGAACCGUUACCCUAGCCAAGUGUACUACAGGCCGGUGGAUCAGUAUAGCAACCAGAACAACUUUGUGCACGACUGCGUCAACAUCACCAUCAAGCAGCACACAGUCACCACCACCACCAAAGGGGAGAACUUCACCGAGACGGACGUGAAGAUAAUGGAGCGCAUGGUCGAGCAGAUGUGCGUCACCCAGUACCAGAGGGAGUACCAGGCUGCGUACCAGAGAGGCUCCAGCGUGGUCCUCUUCUCAUCACCACCCGUGAUCCUCCUUAUCUCCUUCCUCAUCUUCCUGAUUGUGGGAUGAGAAAGGUCUUCCUGUCGUUACCAUCUUCAUCUUCUUUUCCAGGUUGAGGGAGGGGGUAUCCACCUGCAGCCUUUUUAGUGGUGGUGUCUCAUUCUUGCUUCUUUGUCCCCCUUAGGCUAAUAAAUCCCCUUGGCACUGAUGAGCACUGGAAAAUGUUGAGAGGACCCGGGACGCUCUUUAUUCCAGCCCCCUUUUGAUCGAAGUCCUUUGUGGGCCAUUGCUAAUGCUGGGCCGAUAAGAAAAUAACAGCAAAUAACCAUUGGUUAAUCUAGACUUAUUUUUGGUCUGGUGCACCAGGUUGGGAUAAAAUAAAUCUCAAAACACUCCUCAAAUACCUUUGCCUGAAUACCUCUGGCUCUUUCAGUGAUUAGAGCUCAGUACACUAAUGCCCCAUCUUAGCAGUGAUUUCAUAGCAGUUUAGAGAAAUUAUCUCAUCCAUUUUAAGAAAACUGGACAACAUUUCUGCCAAAUUUAGAAAGAGGUCACAUAAUACUCAUUUAAAAGAAACAGAACUAGAACAACUUAACUCACAGGCGCAGGCUUAGCCCUCUGGAGCACGUGCUCUGUGUCUGCAGAGAACUACAGCCAUGUUUUGACUUUUGUAGUACUUGGGAGUCGUUGCCUCAAGACCACAUAUACUGGUGCAGCUUUAGCCCUCUGGCCAGAGGACACAUUUGUAGGGAAUGAGUAACAUGACAUGUGAUAGCUAAAACAUACAUGACAGGCUUCUGGGACUGAAAAAUCCAACAUUUGGGAGUGGUGCCCUUGGAGACACCCUCUCUUUCGAGAGGUUUAAAGCACCUCCACACGGCAUUCCUUUCUUUAGUAGCAUAAACCAUAGAUAAUUAAAGCAGCAGAAAACCAUAUCACCUUCUAGACACUGAAGGCAAAUCCCCUUUGCUCAUUUGCCUGAGCCAGAGUGAUUUAAACGCUGUGUGGGUGAAACCAGGAGAUUUUAACAUAGCGGAAAGCUGCAGUUGUAAAAUCACAGUCAUCAUCGAGGAUCGUGAAAUAAAGAAAAUGAUUGGUGUACAGAGAAAGGAAGUGCUUGCCUUUCUGCAUUUCCGUCUCCUACACAUCAUGGUCAAAAACCAGAAUAAGUGAAGUCCUUAGUUUCUGUAAUUGGCUUUUGAAUCAAAGGAUAGGGAGACAAUCUAAAAAAUAUCUUGGGUUGGAGUGAUAGAAUUAUGAUGUGUUCAAAGUGGAAAAAGAAAUUCUGUUAAUGUUAUUUAAGUAAGGUAAAAUGAUUCCCUGAAUUGUUUAACACCAUCACCCAGCAGAUACAUAUUUUGAUUCUGAGAUUGCACUGGCUUGCACUGUGCGGGUAUUCUAUGUAAAAAAUAUAUGUAUAAAAUAUAUAUUGCACAUGACAAACUUAGGAGUUUUUGUUUAGAAUAGUUAACAUCUGAAAAAAUCUAAUGCAUUAACUGUUUUUGUAAGGUACUAAAUACUUAACAUGUGGGAAAAACCCUUUUGCGUGAUCCUUAGGCUUACAAUGUGCACUGAAUAGUUUUAUAUAAGAAUCCAGAUGGUCACCAUUAACUGGUCUUUGAAGUAUGCAUGUACUUUAUAUUUUCUAUAUUUGUAACUUUGCAUGUUCUUGUUUUGUUGUAUAAAGAAUUUAUAAAUGUUUAAUAUCUGACUGAAAUUAAACUGGAGCCAAGAUGAGCACCA